AGGAAAACCUGAAUCCGAGAAAAUGGAUGACUUCUCAAAUGUGUCUUCUGUUUUGACACUAGAAGGCUUCAAUCUCCCCCCUGAAAGUGCAUUUUCCGCAUUAAUUUUCGCCACACUGAGCUAUAUGGUCAUUCUCUUCUGUAAUCUGGUCCUGAUUCUCACCAUCAUCCUCAAUAGGAGUCUCCACCAGCCCAUGUACCUUCUGCUGCUAAACCUACCCAUCAAUGACCUUAUAGGCUCCACGGCACUCUUUAUACAGCUCAUCAAAGAGCUUUUACUUGACACAGGGACCAUUCAAUACUCUGCUUGUGUCACACAAGCUUUCUUUAUUCAUGUCUAUGGAACGGGAGCUGUGUUCAUUCUGACUGCUAUGGCGUAUGACAGAUACAUUGCCAUAUGUUGCCCUUUGAGGUACAACACAUUGAUGACCAAUGCUCAUCUCAGGAAAAUCAUCACACUGCUAUGGGUGUGUGACUUGAUUUUGAUUGGAGUGCUCUUUUUCCUGCUGCUUCGAUUACCACGCUGCAGAUCUCUGAUGUCACACUCAUACUGUGACAAUCCCUCCCUGUUGAAACUGGUCUGUGCUAACACAGCCAUCAAUAACACCUAUGGACUCUUUAUUACUGCCCUCAUGCAGGUCAUAGUUGUUUCUACCAUUCUCUACACUUACGUUCAGAUACUUGUCACAUGUUUUAGAAACAAAGGAUCAGCUGACACUAAAAGCAAAGCUCUGCAGACUUGUGCUACACAUUUAAUUGUUUUUCUCCUCUUAGAGUGUUUAGGUCUUCUCACUGUUAUUUCAUACAGACUGAGCCAAUUUCCCCCGCAGUUACGGAGACUCAUAGGAGUUUCCACAUUAAUUUUCCCCCCAACUUUAAAUCCAAUCAUAUAUGGUCUUAAAACAAAGGAUAUCAGAGUAAAAGCAAUGCAUUUCUUGCGGACAAAGAUCUUUCCAUCCUAGGCUAUGUUUUCAAUAGUAGACAUAGAUUUGAAGAGAACCACUACAUCAUUUAUCCAAAACUAUAUGAAUUGUUGACAUUUGUCACGAUCUACUCAGUGCGAUUGUAUUUAGGCUAUUUUGCUGUUUUUUACAGUCUGGCAGCUUGAUGUACCCCUUGUUGUUAUCUUCAUUUAUCAUAACUGUAAAUGUAUCACUUGUAUUCCAAAACCAGUAAACCAAUUAAACACCCCGGGGUAUCAAGAAAUCACUCACCUGAUUUGAAAUGACAUAAGAGUCAUUGUUGGGUGCCAUUCAUUUUAGGCCCUAGGACGCUAGUGUUAAUCAGAGACUGAUUUUGUUGGAACAAAUUAAAUAAACCCACAAAUACACUUAAACGGUCGGGGUCAACCAACAACAGUCAACGUAAAUAGAAGAUCUUAUUUUGAAUGAACUAGUAAGAAGAUUUUAACCCUGUGCUUUUUGUGGAUUGUCAAGGUUUCACAAGACAAUGUAAAUCAUGCCGUCAAUGGGAAGCUCUUAACUGCCUACUCCUGUUGUCCUCUCUCCUCUCUCCUCGUCUCCUUCUCAAAACCCAUUGGAAGAGAAAGUCAGAAGUCCCUCCCCUGUGACCUUCUCCUCCAAUGGGUUUUGAGAAGGAGACGAGGAGAGGAGGAGACGAGGAGAGAGGAGAGAGAACGCGAGGAGUGUGAAAUUAAGAUCUUCCUAAAGACAUCAAACUAUGAGAGACAUUUAAAGCCAUUUGAAGCCCCCCUAUGACAGAGGUCAUUCAUCCUGUGAUAUCUUUGAUCAUGGUUAUAAUAGUCUACAUUUUAAAAUGCAUUAAAUAAAAUAAUGAAAUUGCGUAGCGCCUAUCUUUCCUACUUCAUGGGGAUUCAUGUAUAAAGAUGGAUCAACAACACAGAUGGCGUGAGACACGGACUCAUCUUGACUAGACUUAUUGAUCUGUGGACAUAUGUCUAAAAUUGAUAAACUGAUUUCCAAUAUCUUCAACAUUGGUCUGAUUUGGUAAAAUAAUGUUGAAUUUUAAUCAUGUCCAAUUAAUACUCUGGCAAUAUUUCCCUGGAUUCUCAAAUGCUAACACAAAAACAAAUGGUUAUAUAGCGGCCUAUGCAUUCCCUCUGCCAUGUUAUGUCUGGUCGGUCAAAUUAAAGACAUGACAUCAUA